GGGUGGGGGUGUGAGAGGUGCUGCUGAGGAGUUUUUUUCUCCCUUCACACAGGCCUAAGAAAGGACUAGUUCACCCAUUUUGUGGAGAAAACACAAUAUAUGUUGAUUUUUUUUUAAGGGGGUGCUGCAGCUACCCCCAGCACCUCUACUUCCUGAGGCGAUGCCCACCAGCAUAAUGCUGUGAGGGACAAACAUUCUACAGAUCUUUUCAGAUCCUCCUCCCGAUGGACUAUGAAGACCAGUGGAGUGCUUUUGCUUACUGGGACUAGACUACUUACGGAAGAUAAAUUCGUAUUGAAAUUCUUCAUUAUUUUCUGACCAACUGUCGAAUCCGUUUUAACAGAUCAUCUAUCUCCUUUCUCAACAAUUUACCUGAUCACCUGCUGAUGCAAGCCCUAAAUCAGGAGGAGCAUGUCCAAAUCCAAACCCGUGGACCAAGCCGAGCAGACCUUCGCUAUGUGAACAAUGGCCAUCCUUGACUGGUUUGAAAAGAAAACCGCAAGUCAAAGAAAGGCGCCGGCAUUCCUUUACCGAGGGAACAUUGAUCAACACUGGUGCUUGGAGACCGUACAAAGAGAGGACAGACCACCAGACUCUACCCUGCAGAACACUACUGCCCUCUACUGGUAGGAAGUGGUACUCUAUUUUACAUCCACGGGACAAUGCUCAUAGGAGAACAAAGGACCAGCCAAGCUCAUCACUGAAGAUAAGCAAAAGAUCGUGCAGGAAAUCAGCAACUUAACAACAAUGAUACUUCAAAUUCAUUUCAAGAUCCUCUGCAGUACUGAAGAGAACCCUGGUCUGCCGGAGAACCCUCUCUCUGGAACCUAAAAGACACCACACUGGUAGCAGUCAUCUUCUGAGUCUAACUCUUUAAGGCACACAGGCCAUCUCUACAACGCAGAUUAAAAUGGCAUGCUUCACAUUCUUCAAAUUCAUGAUGGUCUUGUUCAACUUGCUUAUCCUUCUGGGGGGUCUGACCCUGCUGGGUGUGGGGAUUUGGGUGCAUGUGGAUAAGGGUUUGUUCCUACAGGUGCUGAGUCCCUUCUCCACCCUCGACAUGCAGUUUGUCAAUGUGUGCUUCUUCUGCAUCGCUAUUGGAGGAGUGCUGGUUCUACUGGGUGUACUGGGCUGCUGUGGAGCCCACAAGGGGAGCAAGUGUCUGCUGCUACUGUUUUUCUCCAUCAUCCUGAUUAUUUUCAUCGCUGAAGUGGCAGCCGGAACGGUGGCCCUCGCCUACUCUUCAUUUGCCGAGGGGAUUCUUAAAGCAUGGGCCACACUUGUCUUGAAGAACCAGUAUGGCAGCGAUCCGGUGGUCACCAAGAUCUGGAACAGCACCAUGAUCGAGCUGAACUGCUGUGGCUUCACCAACUACACAGACUUUACUGACUCCUACUACUCUGAGCAGAGUGAGGGCAGCUACCCACCCAGCUGUUGCCAGCUAGACACUGCCCCCUGCAGCCAGCAGCAGGCAUGGCACAGUGCUGUUCAGGGCUGUUUCAAACAGCUGUUGAAGGCCCUUCAGAAGCAUGCCAACAUCGUAGGUGGAAUAGCCGUAGGCAUCGGAGGGCUAGAGGUGGCAGCGAUGCUGGUAUCCAUGUACCUGUACUGCUAUCUGGACAACAAUGUCAGCUGAGACUUUGUAUUGGACAGACAAUAUGUUGUUAUGUACUGUGAAAGGUUAAUACUAGUGAUUGUAGUGCCAUUAUAUCUGAUAGGUUGCCUUGAUGUUAUUAUCUACAAAUGUAUAUCAGUUAUCCAUUAUUUCACGUUUACUAAUCAAGUGAGAUAUCUUUUUAAUUAAUAGCACACAAACGCCAAAACAUAGUACUGUAAUUGUGUGUAAUGUUAUUUUAGAUGUUGUCACAUUUAUCUACUGUAAAUACUUUACAUUUACAAUAAAUUUCAGCUAC